UCUUAAUGCUAGAUAUGGGAUGGAUGCUGAUGAGUGGUGGUAUGUACAUGGUCAAGGCUCCAUUUACUUGCAGCCUCUUGCAAUUAAACUUAACUCCCAAGUUGCAAGUUCUUCUUCAGCUGAGCGGAAUUGGAGUACAUACUCCUUCAUCCACUCAGUCAAACGUAAUCAUUUGGGUGCAAAGAAAGCUGAGGAUUUGGUCUACGUACACUCCAACCUUCGUUUGUUGUCACAUAAGGACCCUGAAUAUAGUGAGGGUGUAACAAGGAAUUGGGAUCUAGCCCCUGAGUGUGCUGAUUUAGAUGCUACAGUUGCACAACUUUGCCAAGUCUCUAUAGACGAGGCGGUUAUGGAAUUUGAGAGAGACAUAGCUAGUGGGAGUGGCAUUCCAUUUGAUAUUGGUUCAAUUGAUGCUGAAUUUGAACCACUUGAUGACCGUGAGUUUGGGUUGGAUGCUUCAGAUGAAGAUGAAUAUGGAAUUUAAAUCCCAUAGAUGGCUUGUAAUUUGAAUG